AUGUGCCUGGCAGAGUUUCCAAUGCGUCAAGGUGGAACGUUGGAGGUGAACACGAAAUACCACGAUCUGGCACAAGAGCAGCAGCGGCUCUUAAAGCAAUAUUUGGAACAUUCCUUCAACAACGAGCUGGAUUUGUUGAAGUCCUUCGACUGCCUUUUUGAGAAGCAUGCUGGACAUCUUCGCGUGAAAGAGAUCUUCGAAACAGUUGAAGUGUGGAAGAAAGUGGUGUCCCACUUGCAGAGAUGCAAUGAGACACGGAAGUCUCAGAAUUUGGAGGCUGUCUCACGCAUCUAUGAUAUUGCAAGUGGGCAUGGCCUUUUGGCGGUGCUUUUGGCAUAUCGAUUUCCACAGGUUCAGGUGGUGGCAGUGGACCGUGAGAAACGCAUGGGGUUUGAUCAUUACGUUGAGGUGGUGAACGAGUUUGGAGAAGCAGAACCUGGAACAGAGAGCUGCUUGGCAAAUUUGUCUUUUGUGGUCGCAGACUUCCAGGAGACAUGCUGCGAAGCAGAGUCCAAGCCAGCGUGGGAAGUCCUGGCGCAGGUUGAAGCUGAAGUGAAGAGGCGCGGACCUUUGUCGCCAUGGGGUCCUGUAGUGAAAGAGGUGGAGAUUGGACAAGCCCUGCGGCUAGAUCCAGAGCUGAAGGAGGAAGACCUGUUACAUGGCAUCAUCCUCCAGCUUGAUGAUUUGCCCGAGCAGCUGAGCCGUGCCAUCUCGCGGGAGGCUUUUCUGCGCGACCUGCAAUGGUGUCCAAGAAAUUUUUUGCACAGGUAUCGGCUUGCCUUCAAGGAUCUGGAUGACAUCCCCCGCGAGGCGAUUGCGCCGCUGCCGGAUGACCUUCGCUCGGCCUUGGACAAGUUACAGCCUAUGGACCCGUGGUCGGCGUCGAUCAUGGCGCAGUGGCUGGACCCAACCUGGCGAUGCAAAGCAUGGAAUGAGAUUGAUGUCAUGCCCAAGGAGAUUUCAGACGAAAACAUCAGAAGAGACAAGCAGGAACGCUACCCCAAUGGCGACCCCCUGGAGGUUCACGAGCGUCGAGUGGACCCUUUUGAUGGAAAGUGGUACAGCUUGGCACAACUCCUUGCGAAGUACCAAGACGAGUACAGCACAAAGGACAUCAAGUCGUAUUGGAGGAAUGCCAUGAGGCCCAACGAAUACAAGGUGGUGGAUUGA